CUAAAUAAAUUAUUAGUAAAAAUGGCUGUCUGGGAAGGAAAGAAAUACAAAUUAGAAAAGAGUGAAAACUUCGACGAAUACAUGAAGGAAUUGGGUGUCGGUAUGAUUCUACGCAAAAUGGGUAACAGUGUUAGCCCCACCGUUGAACUGAGGAAGGAUGGUGAUAAUUACUCUUUCACCACUACCUCAACCUUCAAGACAACUACGAUCAACUUCAAGCUGGGCGAGGAAUUCGAUGAAGAGACACUUGAUGGUCGCAAAUUGAAGAGCGUCUUCACUCUGGAUGGCAACAAAUUGGUGCAAGAACAGAAGGGUGACAAACCAUCGACCAUUAUUCGUGAAUUCACUGACUCCGAGCUAGUGACUACUCUCACCCUCAACGACGUGAAGUCCGUCAGAGUCUACAAGGCUGUAUAAAUGCGCAGUGCGCUACAUGCGAAGUUCAAAACAACAGUAACAAAAAGCUAAAGUAAUUUAAAAUAAAAAUGCCACUUCUUGCGAUAAACUAAUGAUU